AGUAUCUCGCAGUAGUAAGUAACGUGUUUUUGUAGUGUUUACUUUUAAGAAAGUUUUUUUGUUAUAUUUACAAUGAUUCAUGUAUAAAUCUUCUCAUUUAAAAAAUGAGUGAAUUUCAAGCUAUUGUCAUGGCAGCUGGCCAUGGUUCACGGAUGUAUCCAUUAACAGAAAAUUUUCCGAAGUCUAUUCUUCCUGUUGGAAAUCUUCCUCUUAUAUGGUAUCCAUUAAACCUUCUAUUCACUUCAGGAUUUCAAGAUGUAAUAGUCGUUGUUCUUGAGUCUGAAGAAUUAUUGAUUAGCAAUACAAUCAAGGGAUACUUUAAAAGCAAACUUCAAAUUGAUAUAAUUCCCAUUCCUGAUGAUGUUGUAAUGGGAACAGCAGAUUCAUUAAGAUAUAUUAAAGAAAAGAUUAAGAAAGAUGUACUUGUUGUAAGCUGUGAUCUCAUUGCUGAAGUAAAACUUCAUCAAAUGGCUGACAUUCAUAGAACUUAUGAUGCAACCCUGACAGUUUUGCUUGCUUGCAAUGAAAUGAAAGACAAUGAAAAUGGAGAAAAUCAAAAAAUCAAAAGAAAAAAAGACAUGUUGAGUCAAAGAGAUAUUAUUGGUUUGGAUGCAAAACACAACAGAUUAUUAUUACUUGAUGCUGAAGAUGAUUUGGAUGAAAAAUUAGUCUUACACAAAUCAUUAUUUAAAAGAUUUCCAUACUUGAAAAUCAAGAGUAACCUAGUUGAUGGUCAUUUGUAUAUUAUCAAGAAAUGGGUUGUGGAUUUUCUUAUUUCAAGUAACAACGUGUCAGAAUCACUCAAUUCAAUUAAAGGAGAGCUUAUUCCGUACGUUAUUAAAAAGCAAUAUAGGUCAAAUAAAAAACUCAAUCAAGAACAAAAUUCAAAGAUGUUGGAAGAAGAAGGAUUAAAAAACGAUAUUUAUGAUUACAUUGAAAGCAAUUCAUUACAUGCUUUGUCUCAAACUUUAUCAACGUCUGAUCUCACUUGUGAUGAUAGUAUACGAUGUCAUUGUUUUGUUAUGGAGAAUGGGCAAUGUCUACGGGUUAAUACAACUCCUCUUUAUAUGGAGGCUAACAGACUGAUUCCAAAGAUUUUACCAAUGCUGUCAGAGAUAAAGGAUUUUGUACAUCCAACAGUCAACGCGAAAAGAUCCCAGGUGAGCUAUGACAGUAUGGUUGGAGAAGGUUCACAAAUAUCAGAAAAAGUAUCGAUUAAAAAGUCCAUUAUUGGCAAACAUGUGACUAUAGGAGAUAAAGUUAAGAUUGCCAAUUCUGUAAUAAUGGAUCACGUCACAGUGAAAGACGGGUGUAACAUAGUUGGAAGUGUGAUUUGUAAUAACGCUUUAGUCAACGAAAAUUGUCAAGUAAAGGAUUGUCAAAUUGGUGAAUCACAUACUUUACCAACGGGAUCGGACGUAAAAGGCGAAACAUUUGCUAAAGGACAUAUGAAUAUUUAAACUAGGUAUCUUAUAAAAGCAUUACAUAAAGUUUUAUAAAUAAAGGAGAAUACUUAUGGUACGGUUUGUGGAAAAUUUUGUUUAAGGCUUAAAGUAAAAGUUACUUUAUCAAUACAUACGCUAUUUCUUGCAAGGUUUUACAACGUUAAUGGAACAUGAACGGGUGCGAGAUAACUCAUAGGGACAUCUGUCAAUAAUAUGGUACAGCUAUUUUAUUUUAUUAAUAUAGCGAAGUGCAAAAAUGUUGUAAAUCAAGGAAUAAACGAUCAUCUAACAAUUCA